CUGAAAGCAGGCAGACAAUCUGAUGGCGACUUUCACAGCACUUAUGGUUUUGGCCCUUGCCAUGGCAGUGGCUUCCUUAGAUCUGCACAGUUUGGUCAAAAACCCGGAUCUUUCUCCGUUUCAAGACCCCUCAAGGCUUAUUACGAACCACAGUGCUGUUUAUCUUUUACGUGUGUCUGUACGUACGAAUACGGGAGACAAAAUACCAAAACCACAAAUUCCUUGUGUGCGCUCACGGUAUUGGAGUAAUACAACACAAAAGGUUGAGCGGUCUCUCGAUGUUUAUAAUAGAACGGACCUCAGUCAUUACAGGUCCACAAAUAUUUCACUUACUGUAGGAAAAGAUUCAUGGCAAACAGUUCUUAAAGUUGAAACCAAGGAAAGGGGAUUUUCUAUCAUGAAUCUCUCUGACGUGAACAUCACUAUCUCCCACGACAGCUACAGUUUCCUUGUACUUUUUAGUGACGCUAAUUGCCUUAUUCUGGCCGAAACGGUAAAAAUAGAAAGCAUUCAGCGCCCAUGGCUUCGCUGCUCGAUGUGGCUUCCAGAACAUCGUAUACUAAAGCCACCAAAAUGUUGCCUGUUCAUUUUCGAACUUCUGUGCUCCUACAUGGAUGAUACUGUUCAAGUUUUUGACCAAAAAUGUCUUAAUACAACAGCAAAAAAUUCCAAACGUACUUGAGAUCCUACGACAUCUAAACUGUAUCGAAAGAAUGGUGACGGGCACGAAUGAAUUUCCGCGUAUGUUUUUAAUCAGUGAGCAAAUAAACGUUUUGGUUACGGAUA